UGGCGGUGGAUGCGGAGCUCAGCGCGCGCUCGGGGUUUAAGGACCGCCUCACGAGCGACGGGACAGCCGCCAAUAUGAUCCAAAAGUCAAGGAAAUCUUUCAGCAGCGAGACUUUCCACGCGUGAAAACGACCCAGGAGCGAGAACAAUAAUCCAUCGAGAGAAACAAAGAGAGAAGGGGGGAGAGAGAGAGAGAUCAUUGACUGAUUCUGAUGAUGGUGAUGAAGAGGAGGAGGAUGAUGAUGAUGGUGGCCUAGAAACAUCAGGAGUUAUUCCUCGAUCGGAUUGUAAGACGAUGGGGGAUUUUACGCAUUGCGAAGCAAAGGGUCUCGCUUUUCUCCUCUACUACUUUUGACGCGAGGAUGCGUUGAAGGCGAACUAGUGGCAGCCACUCACGUGAGAACGGAACAGCGGCUCUGCGCAUUAAUGCGUGUGUACGCGAGCGCGUACGCGUGCUCUCCCGUGACCGAUGGCACUGGAAUCCGUGCGCAACGGCUAUGUGCGCACUUGUGUCACUCCCGUGGAGCAGGACUGCUGGCACUCAUGCUUACGGAGCCGUAGGAGCCUCUCGUCGGCCGUGUGCGUCGCCUCGCUGUCCGUGCUCCUCGCGCUGCUCUGGGACGCGGAGCGCACACACGCGCACUCGGGCUCUUACUUGGUGACGCUCGUGGAGCUCGUGUGGCAGCUGCUCUCGCCCGUCCUCACGCUCGUGUGUGCCUUCUUCUGGGUGGGUGUGUAUCUGCUCCGCUGCGGGGUGCUGAUCCGCACGGCCGUGUUCCUGCUCACGGUGUGCCAUCUGGGCGAAGCGGCGGCGCAGUCGCUGCUGGAUGCGCAGCAGCUGUACUCGUUCACGGCCACCGCGCUGGUGCUGCUCGCCUGCCUGGCCAGCGGGGCGCUCAUGGUGGUGCGGCUGGGUCAGGGCAUCUCCGUGCUGCUCUUCAUCAGCAUCAUCAGGACCGUGUCGCUUCUGUCGCUGCAGAAAGUGCGCGCCAGCUGGAGACCAUACCUGGCGUACCUGCUCGGGCUGCUCGGGGUCCUGCUGGCGAGGUAUGCGGACAGGCUGCUGCCGGAGCAGGGCGCAUCACACCGGGAGGGAUCGAGGGGAGAUAUUCCGGUAUUUAAGAGGCGCAGGAGGUCCAGCUCCGUAGUCUCGUCAGACAUGGCACAGCACGGCCAGUCCAGGAGCAAAUCGCACAGGAGGACAUCUCUGCCCUGCCUGCAGAGAGAACAGAUGCUCCCACAGCAAGAAUGGGACCACAAAAGAGGCGCCCGAGGAUCUCAGUCUUCGGGCACCAGUGUGACGGUGGAUAUCGCGGUGAUGGGCGAGGCUCACGGACUGAUCUCAGACCUGCUGGCUGACCCAUCACUCGCACCCAACAUCUGCAGCACCCUGCGGGCCGUCAGUAACCUGCUGAACACCCAGCUCACCUUCCAGCCCCUGCACCACCGGCCGCGCCUGGGCCCCCUGCUGGCCUUCAGUGACGGACACACGUGCUCCGACUCGGAGGAGGCGCCUGAGAAAGGAGAGAGGCUGGCCAUUCCAAAGCGUUUGAGGAGGAGUUUGCAUCCAGGGCUUUUGAGACGGAUUUCUUCCACGUGGACCACCACCACCUCCGCCACGGGCCUGCCAACCCUCGAACCCGGGCCGGUCCGACGAGACCGAAGCGCCAGCAUCAAAGCACCUCACGAUGGCCCUUCCAGCAGUUUGGUGAACAGUGAUUCAUGGAACAACUCCAGCAUGCUCAGCAUUUCCAAGAGCAGGUCCAUGUCUGCUUCAUACGCUGCUUCCUCCAACACCACCACCAACCACAUCUAUAGCAAGAACCGGAGAGGUUGCUCUUCUUCCACCAUCUCUCCUCUGGCAUCCCCCUGUCACUCUCCUCCAGUGCAGAGCUCUCCGCUGACCAGCCCCACCAACAAGAGCCCCUCAGUGGAGCUGCCAGACCCCGAGCUUCCUCCUCCACGCAGCCCACAUAAAGCCUUAACCCACAGUCAGAGCGCACCCAGCUCCAGCGCCGCGCACUGGCCACCACCAACGCCACUAUGUAGCAGCUGUGGACGGCCGUACAGUAAACAGAGGCACAGCGAUGGAUCCACAGAGCCAGCAGAGCGAACACAACAGUCAGAUGAGCCAGCAAUGAUGUCAUCAGAUUAUGACAGCACGUAUGAGACCAACCACAGUGACAGCAGUGACUUUGCACAGACCGACGAGGACAGAGACGCUCGCAGGACGCUGAUGCUAGCCACGCUAAUACCAGCCGAGGAGAAGCCCAUCUUGGCCCCGGAGCCGCUGCUGAUGGAGGGACUGGAGCCGCUUCUGUGUCAGAUCAACAACUGGAACUUUCCCAUCUUCAGUCUGGUGGAGAAAACCAGCGGCAGAUGUGGCUGCAUCCUCAGUCAGAUGUCCUACCGACUGUUUGUCGACACGGGGCUCUUUGAGACAUUCAAGAUUCCAGUCCGUGAGUUCAUGAACUAUUUCCACGCACUGGAGAAUGGAUACAGGGACAUCCCAUAUCACAACAGGAUUCAUGCCACAGACGUCCUGCAUGCAGUCUGGUACCUCACUACACAACCUGUGCCUGGUUUGCCCACACUGCGGACACUCGGCAGCUCGGACUCUGACAGUGGACUCGCUCAUGGUCGAAUGAAGUAUCUGAUGUCCAGGACUAAUGCAGUGGAGGAGGAAGGUUACGGCUGUCUUUCUGGCCUCAUUCCUGCGCUGGAGCUUAUGGCGCUGUACGUCGCUGCUGCAAUGCAUGAUUAUGACCAUCCUGGUCGGACCAAUGCCUUCCUGGUGGCCACCAGUGCUCCACAGGCUGUGCUGUACAAUGACCGUUCAGUGCUGGAGAAUCAUCACGCUGCCUCCGCCUGGAACCUCUUCAUGUCGCGGCCCGAGUACAACUUUCUGGCCAGUUUGGACCACAUGGAGUUUAAACGCUUUCGCUUCCUGGUCAUCGAAGCCAUUCUGGCCACUGACCUCAAGAAACACUUUGAUUUCCUGGCCGAAUUCAACGCCAAGGUGGGUGAUGACGGCUGCUCAGGGAUCGAAUGGACCAAUGAGAACGACCGUCUGCUGGUCUGUCAGAUGUGCAUUAAGCUGGCAGAUAUAAACGGGCCGCUGAAAUGCAAGGAUCUUCAUUUGCAGUGGACGGAAGGCAUCGUCAAUGAGUUCUACGAGCAGGGGGAUGAAGAGUCCAGUCUCGGUCUUCCCAUCAGCCCCUUUAUGGACCGCUCAGCACCUCAGCUGGCCAAACUGCAGGAGUCCUUCAUCACACACAUCGUGGGUCCUCUGUGCAGCUCGUAUGACUCUGCGGCGCUCAUGCCCGGCCGCUGGGUCCAUCCUCUGCCCAAAGAUGGAGAUGAGGUGGAGGACGAGAGUGAGGAGGAGGAUGAGGACACGGCAGAGGAGGAGGAAGAGGAUGCCUCCACCAGCUCUGAACUCUCCCAAAAACCAGCACCCAAGAAACGAAGGAAAGUCUUCUGCCAGAUCUCCCAUCACCUGCUGGAGAACCAUGAGAUGUGGAAGAAGGUCAUUGCAGAGGAGUCCCAGAGCCAGACUGAAGGGGAGGAGUCAACAUGCCUGAGCACCACCCCUGAGCCAAUCCUGGCCAUCGAUGAAGAGGAGGAGGAGCCAGGGAGCAAGGAGGAGCCGACGGAUGACCAGGGGGAGGGGUCAACAGAGGAGGAGGAGGGGCCUGUACCUGAAGACACGCAUGAAACACAGGAACCAGAUGGCGAGACUGUAGAGGAAGCGGAUGAGAAAAACACAGAGACUGUAGAAGACAUUGCAGAGCUUGAGGGAAAACAAGAGGAAGACCAGAAAGAUCCAGAAUGAAUGACUUGCCAUUUUUAGACCAGAACAUUGUCUGAACGUUUUUGUUUUUUAUAUAAUUGGCAAGUGAGACUUCAAAGAAAUGGUUGCCAGCACAUCACUUAGACACAACACUGUAGAUGCUUGGGGAACAUGUGCCUAAAGGAAACAGGGUGGGAAGGGGGUGAGUAACAUUGAACUGUUAGCGCUAGACACUCCAGUAAAGUGAGCUUUGAAGCUAAAAUUGGCCAGAACAUAGAGUUCUCCAGGGGGUUUCCUAUAUUUUCUAGACGUUGGUCAGUUUUGCAAAUCCUUCUGGCGAAACCCAUCCAGCUGCACCUUAAAUCCCCUAACUACAACAGGUGACCUGCAGCUACACGAGUUCUGCUGGUUCGUUCGUUCUCUUCAACAAGCAUUUCCAGGGAGCUUAAUGUCAAAGUCCGAGAAGAGAAAUCAAUCCACCGUGACUCUUGACGACUCUGGUAGGAGUCUCCUUAAAGGCAUUUUGCCUCACUCACGUAUCCCAUCAUCCACAGACGUUCCAGAAACAGCAUGCAUUUGUGCAAAUGCUACAAAAAAUGUGUAACACUAUACGUUUCCAUGUCUUUUCCGCCAUCGCUGUUUGUUUUCUUUUCUUUUUUAUCCAGAGGUCACUACAGCAAACCCUUGCUCCAUUGUCCCAUUUCCGAAGGCGUCAGUCCGAAUGCUUGUCAUUCUCCUCCCUCACCUUUUUCUCUCACCAUUCCAUCAGUCCAUGAACUGAGAUCUUGCGUUUCUCAGGAUCAGACUGUUUUCCAAUAAGGAGUCAUUGGUUUUUACAGACUUUCUUGCAACUUUAUAAUCUUUUGAAUCUAAAAUUAGGAGGACAAAUGGGAAUCUAGUUGUUGUUCUUCUUUUUAAAGUGUAUGUUCUUCAAAAUGCCAAUGGCCUUUUUACCAGUAGCCCAAUCGUUGUUUUACAGGUGAUUUGAUAUAAAUGCUCAGUCCGCGCUUUCACCCAUUCGACGCGCAAUAGUGCAUCACGUCAUCCCAACCAACUGAAACUCUACAGAAACUUUCCUUCUCUCCCUAUAAAGCAGAGCUUCUGUUCCUGCGUUCAAGCUUCUUAGUAAACCUCUCCGGAAAGUUUUGAGAGCUGACUAAACUGCUCCGGAAAGUUUUGUUGAUCAAAGGCACAGAUUGGAGCGCAUGGCCUGACGGGACAGCCUCAGGCUCCCGCAUUCCCCCGAAGUCGCAUGUUCACCCUCCAAACAAGGCCGUAGUUAUGCUUCACAGUCCUCUCACGCAGCCGUAUGAGUGACUGCGAGCUCCUUUGCCCAAGGGAUGAGACGGCGAGUGCUGUCCCUCUCACAUGAGCAGAUCCAAAGACCAUGUGCCACACAUGAGAUACGAGCACCGGUCGACACGGCUGUCCGCGCUCUCCUUUGAUGUGCUGAAAGAGGCAGAUUGCUGGUGACGGUAAGAUGAAACACUUCUGUGAGCUUAAUCACCUUAAGUCCAAUGUCUAAUCAGGCCGAGUUCGAUGCCUUCAGUCACUUUGAAGGAAAGCCAAUUAAAAACGCCUUGGUAGGAGGCGAUGAUCAUGUGCUUCAAUCCUGUUUGGCACUCAUCUUUCAAACAUCCCCUUCGAUCGCCUUAAUACUAUCAGGCAACGUGGUGCAAUGUAGUUCAGCGAAUUAUUUAAGCAAUAUUGACCGUAUGUGUACAGUAGAUUGUUAGCAUUUCCAACUGCACUUUCUUUGUUUUGUUUUUUUGUUGUUGUUGCUGUGUAAACCUCACACAGCUCAAGUGUGCGUGCGCGUGUGUGUGUGUGUGUGUGCCAAAUAUGACUUCAAAUCCAUUCUACCCAAAGUAUGAAACACAGUUUUUGUUCACUGUAGCAGUUGCCGGAACAGCAUGUAAAGGCUGUGUGGUUGUGAGUGAUGCAGUAUGAAUGCUUUUUAAUUUGUACUCGGCCCCAUUUUUCAGAGGGUUUAUUAUACUUCUUCUUUAGGCCAUAGAUUUGUAACCCCAGGCCAGAGAUAUUAACCCUUUGGUGCAUGAGUUGUUAAAUCACAAAUACAAAUAGUCUUAAUGUUUUUAUUACCUUUUUAAAACAAGAAUAUAUUAAUUCCCAGUCUUUAUUUCCAAAAUAACGCAUUUUUAAAGCGUUAAUGUCCGCUGCAAUAAAAUAUAGUAGUUGUUGUGCAUCACAUUCGUUUCUCAUUUUAAACUUAUGUUGUCAUUAUUAAACAUAGACGAGGAUAGUGAUAAUGAGUAAUGGUAAGGGUGUAGAUAUGGCUUUUGAAAAUCUGUCCACUGUUGUGGACAUCAUGCAUCAAAGUGUUAAAUUACACAGCUGUCUUUGCUGUAUAUAAUUCCUCAAAUAAAAUUAACCUAUAAUCAAAUCCAGAUGAAUACUAUACAGCUAAAUAUAAAAUGUCACACAAGAAGUGCAGCUCUGUCCGUUUUUCUUAUAAUUGCAUGAUGGGAAGCGCAGACUUCACUCUCAGAGAAAUGUAUGUCAAUACCUGGUGAUUAGCAUUGAGGGCACAUGGCAGUGAGUCACCAAAGAUAACACUCAGUGGUUCAAUAUUUCAGAAUUGCUUCCAUCUAGACGGUAUUCAGAGAGACUUAACAAAAACUGUGGAAUUAGCCUACUAGCGACUACCACUAGGGGCGACACUCUUUAGCUUCCUUCGUUAGUGUUCCUGCCUCCCAUAACAGGAUUGAUGGUUUUGAUUCCUGCUCAGAGUGAGGACAAUAGAAAUGAAUGGGUUACACUGGUUCCAGGACUCAGAUUGGAGUUAGGUCAGGGUGGGUAAGUUUAAUGAAGGUGCUUCACUUCCCUGGGAUGCACACUAGGGACAUAAGAGCCCCUUUUUAGUCUGCUUGCUUCUCAAGCCAGGAAUGUUUCAGAUUGUAUUUGGGCUUGUAGAUCUAGAAGGCGUCCGGGACUCCACGUUUGUGUAGAGUGUGCAACAAAGUCCAGCUAGUAGAAGUCUCACUCUCAUGGCCUCAACAGGCAGACUAGUGACCUGGAAGGGAGUGAAGUGUAGGGGAGUGAAUGUAAGAAAGGCCUCACUCCCGUAGCCAAUAUAGCUCUGCUCACACUGUGCUAUUUCAACUAUGACUUGGUCAUCUGAGACAAAUUUUGGAAAUCCUAAAAGAUUCCUGAAAUCCUAAGCUAAAAUCUUUGAUUGUUGGUUUGGCUGUUGUGGUCAGAUUUCCCUCUGAUGAAGGUCUGGCAGGGUCUGAAUAUUUCACUUUUCUGCAGUUUAACUUCAGUUACAGUUACAUCGAACCGAGAACCAAUAGAGGCCAGAAUCUAAAGGCGCAAUAAGCAUUAGAGCCUAGUUGGAAUCUGGAUUUAAGACUUGCACAAGAGUCUGAAACGUGGUAGGAAGUUAAAUUCUGGGGUUGAGUAUAUGAGACUAGCUAGCAAGAGUCUCAAUUUUCUUGCAUCAAAAGACAUACUAAUGACUGAUACCUGGGAGGGAGUGAGGUUUAAUGGGGUUAGUGUAACUGAGGCCAGCUAUUAGGAGUCUCAAUCCCUUGCACGCUCAAGAGUCUGAGACCUGGUAGGGAGUGAGGUUUAAGAGGGCAGUUUGACAGAGACCAACUUGAAGGAGUUUCAAUCCCCUAGCUUCAAAAGGCAUACUAAUGACUGAUACCUUGAAGGGAGUGAGAGUUAAUGACACUGGUAUACUUCAAACUAAAACUGACAUCAUUUUGAACAAAAUUUUAGGAGUUUGCAGUUUGAAACAGCUCACCAAAGCGAACUGUUUGGGAAGUGCGUUUUGGUCCUAAACACAAGAUCUUGAGUCGCACACCAGCCGAUAAACACAACUGUACUGUCUGAUAAAGUUGUGAACAUUGUUCCAGUCAGUUUCUAUCUGCGACAAAUAGAAAGCAAUGCAGUGUGCCGUGGUGAUGCUUCUCACUCGAGAAGGCUGUUUGCCUUAUAUCAAUGGUCUCAAAUUGGAUCCCUGGAGGGCCGCAACUCUGCACAGUUUUGCUCCAACCCUAAUCAAGCACAGCUGAUUCAACUAAUCAAGAUGUUCAAGACUACUAUGGACAAUUAAGCAGGUGUGAGUUGGAGCUGGUUGGAGCUAAACUAUGCAGAGCUGUGGCCCUCCAGGAAUUGAGUUUGAGACCACUGCCUUAUAUGAAACUGUUAUUCUCUCACAGCCGCCAUUGUUUUUGUGUUUAGGAUUCAAUUAAAUUCAAUUCGUCUUCAAUUCUCUUGCACUUUUACAAUGUAGAUUGUGUCUAGGCAGCUUAACAAAGAAGUUCUAGUAAACUAAAGCUGUGUCAGUCCAGUUUACAGAGUUGAGUUUCAGUUUAGAUUAGUUCAGUGUGCUUUCAUUUUCACUGCUGAAAGUGCAAACACUGAGGAGCAAAUCCAUCGAUGCGCAGCUCAACAAGUCCCAAACCAAGCGGCGACAUUGGCGAGGAACACAACUUCACCAGUGGAACAAAACUUCACCAAUAGUUUUGGAUGACACUCGUGCAAUGUGACACAUUUAUAACUCCUCUUCCUGCAUUGAAAACAGUAUACCAUUUCCCAGUCUUCUCAAACUUCUUUUUGGCCUCAAAUGAAGAACAAAAUAAAGCUUUGUUUGAAGUAUAGCAGGGUCUUGGUUAAGGCCAGCUAGUAAGAGCCUACCACUAGACUUACGAUGUGCUUAAAAAUCUGGGACCUAGUAGGGAGUGAGGUUUAAGGGGGGGGAGUGUACCUGAGGCUAGCUAGUUGUAGCCUCAAUAUUCAGGCCUUAAAAGGCACACUAGGACCUGGAACUUAGGGGUUAGUCCAGGGGUGACCCCAACCUUGGUCCUGGGGGGCCGCUGUCAUGAAUAGUUUUGCUUCAGCUUGCAACACACCUGCCUAGAAGUUUCUAGUAUACCUACGAAGAGCUUUAUUAUCUGGUUCAGGUGUGUUUAUUUAGGGUUGGACCUAAAAUAUGUAGGACACCGGCCCUCCAUGACCGAGUUUGGGCUAGUCUUUAGGUAUUGUGUCAGUGUACGUCAUUCCCAAGCUGUAAACUACACAAUGUGAGAGAGGGAUGUUUUGUGCCCACUUCCCAUGGCUAAAAUGAAAGUUCAAAACCUGCUCGGAGCAAUGUUGACCAACCGGUAGGGUUAUAUUGAUAAGCUUAAGUUUAUUGGGCUGAGUGUCAAAUAGUAAAACUUCACUCCUGUUGGCUCAAAAAGUGUCCGAUAGUCUUUGUUAAGGCUGGGGGUUUUGUUAGUCCACCUAUUUCCCAUAUUUCCCAUAGUCUAAACGGACAGCACAAUACUUGAGACACAAGUAUAGACAUGUUCAUAAUGGCAGAAAUAUGUUUUCACACAUAACAAAUGCCCUUAGGAGCGAAAUAGAUUAUAGACUGUACAGUUGAGCUGAAAUACCUGAGCAGGUAUUUAAGAAAUGCACAAUGACUUGCUGGGAUCACGUGUAGAGUUUAGUCUUAGCUCAAUUCAUCCCUCGAUUUCUUUCUUUUUUUGAUUGACAGCUGGCAAUUGAACCAGCAUGUCAAAUUCACAUGUAGACAUAAAGAGAGGAUACAUGUCAUAUAAAAAAGCUGAUCUUUAUUAUAUUUUUCUUGUUCAUAGCUCGUUCCUUCAUCUUCAGCUGUCUUAUAACCAUGUCCACCCGUUUUAUUCAUCUUGAGAACCAAACAAGUUUUACACAUCUCUUCGAGAAGGAGAAAUGAGACUUGUACUUUUUUAUAUAGUCGGCACUUCACUGACAAAAUAAUUAUUUUUCUUCUCACUUGUAUCUUGCACUUAACACAUGUAGCAAUACCUAUAGAAAGGGGAACUGUGUAAAUCACCAGUAUUCGUAAAGUGAAAUAUUCAUUUUAUCGCUGAUUGUUGUUCCAUUUUGUACAAAACAAUAUUGUGUACAGGUUAAAAACGACGAGAUGAGACAAAAACAAAGCCAAAAAAAGGGACGAAAAAGAUGAAAACGACAACAGAAGUCUUUUAGAUAAACAUUAUUUAUUUUUACUGUUUUGUAAUUUAGACACUAUACUGUAGCUCCUCUAUUGCCAGACUUACUGGAAGUGCCUCUUGGUAUAAUGUAACAUACAGAAAAUAUAUAUUGAGAUUAUUAGAACCUGUCACAAGCUGAACAUUGUGGAUGUUGUAAUGUGAAUACAGUUUAAUAAUACGAGUGAAAUACUGUGGUA